AUGUUUAAUUCUGGAUGUCAGCUGCUGCAACAGCACAUAAAUUUAACCAAUCAGUACAAUCAUCCAAUACCAAUGCUUUCACCAGUUACUGCAAAUGUAUUUGAAGGUGUCCCAAUAUUUCUCCUCCCUCAGUCAUCUUCAAGUUCUCCCACAGGCGCUUUAUAUUGCAAUCCAUACCAACGAUCUAUCAUCGAAACGAGAGCAAAUGUGCGUCCAAGAAGUCAUUCACCAAAAGUGGACACGAGCAAGAAUUACCAUGUAUUUGUCGGUGACCUUUCGACUGAAGUAAACAACUGUACUUUGAAAGCAGCCUUUGAAAGCUUUGGAGAAAUCUCUGAAGCCAAAGUAAUAAGAGACCCUCAGACACUGAAAUCUAAAGGUUACGGCUUCGUAUCAUUCCCUGUUAAGGAGAAUGCGCAAAAAGCUAUCGAAGAAAUGAACGGACAGAUGAUCGGACGACGGCAAAUACGUACAAACUGGGCGGUACGCAAAUUUGAUGGAGGCGAGGAAAAUGUUACAUACGACAAUAUAUUCAAUGCAACCCAUGCUGCUAAUACAUCCGUUUAUGUAGGAGGCAUUUCACCUAUUACUACGGAUGAGGAACUUAUGCAGUCGUUUUCUGCAAUUGCUACUGUGAUCGAGGUACGACUAUUCAAACAGCAGGGAUAUGCAUUCGUACGAUAUUUGAAUAAGGAUGCUGCUGCUCGAGCUAUCAUGUCAAUGAACGGAAAAGUGAUAAACGGUCAGAAAAUAAGAUGCAGUUGGAGCCGAACAACUAUGGAUAAUAUUAAUAUAUCAAAUCAGGUAGCUGGUAGUAUGAAUCUAUUGACAAACAACAUAAUAGGAUUCAGUCCGCUUAUAAAUCCAGUAUCAUGGAGCCAAAACCAGUGCUUGCCACAGUUCUGUGGACAUCCGUUGUUUUUUAGUCAAUAUUCACAUAAAUGGUAG